AUGGGUGUAACCGAGGACAAGAAGUUUUUAUCUCUUGAAGAUAAAUGGCUUCUGGUACCUGCCUUUCUGAAGGUGCGGGGACUGGUAAAGCAACAUCUUGUCAGUUUCGAUUAUUUUGUAAAUGAGGAUAUUAAAGCAAUUAUGUUAGCCAAUCAAAAAGUCACUAGUGACGCCAACCCUAAUUUUUACUUGAAAUACACAGAUAUUAGAAUAGGAAAACCAUCUAGCGAAGAAGGUUUCAAUCAAGUACACGACAAAAUUUCUCCUCAAGAGUGUCGUCUACGAGAUAUGACGUACUCCGCUCCCAUCACUGUAGAUGUAGAAUACACCAGAGGAAGUCAUAAAGUUAUCAAAAAAGGUCUCACAAUUGGGCGAAUGCCUAUCAUGUUGCGAUCUAGUAAGUGCAUUCUACGAGACCUGGCUGAGGAAGAAUUGGCUAGGGUACAGGAAUGCCCAUAUGACCCAGGUGGUUAUUUUGUCGUCAAAGGUUCCGAGAAAGUCAUUCUUAUCCAAGAACAGCUUAGUAAGAAUCGUAUUAUGAUAGGUCGAAACUCUAGCAAAGAGUUACAGUGUGAAGUUCUCUCCUCAACAACAGAACGGAAGAGUAAAACAUAUGUAAUCGCAAAGAAGAACAAGUACUGGUUAAGACACAAUCUUCUUACUGAUGAUAUUCCUGUUUCCAUAAUAUUCAAAGCUAUGGGUGUGGAGUCAGAUUACGACGUGAUUAGUUGCGUUGGUUCAGAAGAAAGAUAUGUCGCUGCCUUUGCACCUUCUUUAGAGGAAUGUGUCACUCAAAAUAUUUAUACUCAACAACAAGCACUGACGUUCUUAACUUCGAAAGUAAAAGCCAGGAAAACUUACGCCUUCACUCCGGCAGGAACAGCAACAUUGAAUACAAUUCAGCCAAAAGAACACGAAGCGAUUGAUUUCCUUUCCGGCGGAAUGAUAUGCCAUGUAGCUUGCCCUGACGGUAACUUUAAAAUGAAAGCAAUUUAUUUAGGAUUAAUGACUAGGAGACUAAUUCAAGCUGAAAUGGGAGAGAAUGAGUUAGAUGAUCGAGACUUUUAUGGAAACAAGAGGCUUGAAUUAGCUGGUUCUCUUCUUUCUCUUCUCUUCGAAGACUGUUUCAAACGCUUUAAUAACGAACUUAAACGGAUAGCAGACAAUUCCUUGGGAAAAACCUUAGCAGCUCCUUUGGAUAUUGUAAAACAUAUGCGACAAGAUCUGAUCACUCACUCCAUAGUUAAUGCGUUGGCUACUGGAAACUGGAUUAUCAAAAGAUUCAAAAUGGAAAGACAUGGAGUCACCCAAGUUUUGAGUCGACUUUCCUAUAUUUCUGCCCUUGGUAUGAUGACAAGAAUUAAUUCAACUUUCGAGAAAACUAGAAAGGUAUCAGGACCUCGUUCUCUUCAACCAUCACAGUGGGGCAUGUUAUGCCCUAGCGAUACACCAGAAGGAGAAGCUUGUGGACUUGUAAAGAAUCUUGCCUUAAUCAGUCACAUUACAACUGACAGUGACGAAAGACCUGUACUUCGACUACUCUUUAACUCCGGUGUAGAAGAUCUUCAAAAUGCUCAUUUUUCUCAUAUUAAUAACCCUCAAUACCACCUAGUCUUUCUCAAUGGUGCUCUCAUAGGAACAACUUGUGAUCCUGCUCGUGUGGCAUCAUCAGUUCGAAACGUUCGCAGAAGCGGACUUCUUUCUGAAUUCGUAUCAGUCUCACGCUGCCUCAAUCAAAGAUCAGUCUAUAUAGGAAGUGAUGGUGGUCGCUUAUGUCGUCCUUACAUCAUCGUUGAAAAUGGUGUUCCCAUGAUUGAGCAAUACCACAUCCAAGAACUCAAAGACGGUGUUCGAAUCUUCGAAGACUUCGUCGACGAUGGUUUGAUUGAAUAUCUUGAUGUGAAUGAAAUGAACGACGCCAAAAUUGCUGUAUAUGAAAAAGAUGUCAAGUUAGAUACAACACAUCUUGAGAUUGAACCCUUCACACUACUGGGAGUUUGUGCUGGGCUAAUUCCUUAUCCUCAUCAUAACCAAUCUCCAAGAAACACAUAUCAAUGCGCUAUGGGUAAACAAGCUAUGGGUACUAUUGCAUACAAUCAACAAAAACGCAUUGAUUCAAUCAUGUAUUUGCUGUGUUAUCCUCAGAGGCCAAUGGUGAAAUCAAAGACUAUUGAACUUAUCAAUUUCGAGAAGCUACCUGCUGGAGCCAACGCUAUCAUUGCGGUUAUGUCAUACAGUGGUUAUGAUAUAGAAGACGCUUUAGUUCUUAAUAAGGGAUCUCUUGAUAGAGGUUAUGGUCGAUGCUUGGUUUAUAAACAUGCUAAGGGUACAGCCAAGAAGUAUCCUAACCAGACAUUUGAUCGACUUAUGGGUCCUGCUCUUGAUCCAACUACACGAACACCAAUUUUCAAACAUAAGAUUUUGGAUCAGGAAGGAAUUGUGUUUGCUGGAGCUAGAAUUUACUCGAAACAGACUAUGAUUAAUAAGCAUAUGCCUAUUGUUUCACAAGAUGCCAAUGGAACAUCUUCGUCUCUACCACAAAUGAGUGGACCUGCUGGAAGGACUGUUGAGUACAAAGACGUUUCCAUCACCUACAAAAAUCCUAUCCCAUCUUAUGCUGAAAGAGUACUUCUCACAUAUAACGAUGAAGAAGCUCAUUUGAUCAAGGUUCUACUUCGUCAAACAAGACGGCCAGAGUUAGGAGAUAAGUUCUCUUCAAGACACGGACAGAAAGGAGUGUGCGGACUGAUCGCACAACAAGAGGAUAUGCCUUUCAACGAUCUCGGAAUGGUCCCAGACAUGAUCAUGAACCCCCAUGGAUACCCAUCUAGAAUGACAGUAGGAAAGUUGAUGGAGCUUCUUAGUGGUAAAAACGGUAUCAUGGGCGGUAAGUUCCACUAUGGAACUGCUUUCGGUGGUGAUCAGGUUGCUGAUGUGUGUGAGGAACUAGCAUCGCAUGGCUUCAACUAUAUGGGAAAAGACAUGCUCACCAGUGGAAUUACGGGACAGCAGUUGUCAGCCUAUAUAUACUUCGGACCUAUUUAUUAUCAAAAGUUGAAACAUAUGGUUUUGGAUAAAAUGCACGCGAGAGCUCGCGGACCUAGAGCUGCUUUGACUCGACAGCCCACCGAAGGAAGAUCGAGAGAAGGAGGUCUCCGUUUGGGAGAAAUGGAGCGCGAUUGUCUGAUUGCUUAUGGUGCUUCUAUGCUUUUGAUGGAACGAUUGAUGACAUCGUCUGAUGAAUUCCAAGUCGAAGUUUGCACAGAAUGCGGGUUGAUGGGCUACAAGGGAUGGUGUCAGAAAUGUCGAUCAAGCAAAUCGCUAGCUCAUAUCAAGAUGCCUUAUGCAUGCAAACUUCUGUUCCAGGAGCUCCAAUCUAUGAAUAUUGUCCCUAAACUAGAUCUAGCUCGAUAUACUGACUAA